AUACAUGUAUAAAUAGGAGCAAAAAUCUCACUCUUUACGAUUCAUUAGACAAGUAAACAAAUGGAUACAAGAAUGUUGAGACUGAAAUUAUUUGUGUUAUUUAUAACGGGAACAAGUUACCUUACUCUUGUGUCUGCCCUGUCAGUUGAAAAGAAAUAUGUGGACAAGACACUAUUACAAUCAACAGGGAAGGCUCACAGUGAAAUUCAGGAAAUCACAACAUUACACGAAUAUGUCUCCGACCGCUUCAGUGAAAUGUCUCUAAAAUACCGAGAUUCCAUGACAGUUCUCUCCAAGAAAGGUUCUGAUAUUUCAGUGAAAGGGUUGAUCUAUGCUGCCACAGUCAGUCAGUUCUACAAGAAUUUCAGUCGAAAUGUUGCUGAAGAACUGAUACGCUUUGUGAGCACUCCAGAGCUUUUGCAAUACUCAUGUCCUUUCCGUGAAGCAAUUACCUGUGACAAGAACUCCAUAUAUCGGACAGCUAGUGGUUCCUGCAACAAUUUGAAUUAUCCUUACUGGGGCAAGAGUUACACACCACUGCUACGAAUGAGGCCUCCAUAUUAUGAAGAUACUGUCUUUACACCCCGUAAUAUUAGUGUCCAGAACGCUGCAUUACCCGGAGCAAGGGAUAUCAGUGUAUAUUUCCACCAGAAGAUAGAAGAUCCACUCAUGGACCACGACACCACACACCUGGCUGCUGUGUUUGGAGAGUUCCUAAUGAGAGACAUUGCCUAUGUCCCCACUAUGCAAGCAUCAAGUGGCAAGAGAUAUGACUGUUGUAAAUUUGGAUACAUGUCAGGUCACAUGUGCAUGCCCAUUCAAAUGUGUAAAGUCGACCCCUUCUUUACACCCUACAAUAGGAAGUGUUUGUCAUUUGCUCGCUCAGCCACAUCUCCUCCACUUAAUUGCAAACUUGGUCCCCGAGAACAACUUAACCAAAACACUCACUACAUCGAUGUCUCACAAAUCUAUGGCUCAGAUGAGGCAACCACAAAAUCACUGAGGACAAUGGUUGCAGGUAAGAUGAAGACCUCUGACAUAGGUGAUGGAAUGAUGCCUUUGGAUCUGUUCAAUGUUGCCAACUGUAAACUGAAGAAUGUCAAUGGGAAUAUCACUUACUGUUUCACAGGAGGCGAUGAUCGUCUGAAUGAGAACCCAUUGAUCUUGUCUCUACAUGCUGUAUUCCUCCGUGAACACAACCGUAUUGCCACACAUCUGUCAAGCAUGCACCCAACAUGGGAUGAUGAGAAAAUCUUCCAGGAGAGUCGUCGUAUUGUUAUUGCCGAGAUGCAACACAUCACAUACAAUGAGUACUUGCCAUACAUUUUAGGUCCACAGCUGAUGGCCAAACAUGAUCUGAAUGUCCAAAACAGUGGCUAUACAAGCUAUGAUAGUCAAGUAAGCGCUGGUAUAUAUAAUGUCUUCUCCGUAGCUGCUGGUCUAUAUUCCACUUCGAUGAUAAGAUCAAACUUCACCAUUGACACCUAUCACAAAUUGAGUUCUACAUUCUUGCGUGCAGACAUGUUCUACCGCAAUGAGGAUGUUGCUAGUAAAAUCAUUAAAGGAAUGCUCACAGACUCCAGCCAAACAGUUGAUCGAUAUGUAACAGAUGAAUUGACCAACAAAUACUUAGAAAGUUUUCCUGGAACAGGGAUUGAUCUCGCUGCUGAUCACAUCCAACGAGGACGGGACCAUGGUAUCAUGUCGUACCCAAUGUGGACCAUCAAGACUGGGGAGCCACGUUGGUCAAAUUUCAAAUCUUUGACAAACCAUUCGACAGACAAUCAAGCCCGCCUUUCACAGAUUUAUAGGAAUAUCUAUGACAUUGAUUUGUGGACUGCUGGAAUUUCUGAGAUUCCUGUCUUAGGUGGGAAAGUUGGUCCCACAUUUGGCAACAUCAUUGCUAAGCAGUUCGAGGUUCUGAAAAAUGGAGACCGAUUUUGGUAUGAAAACAACGACAAGGGAGCAUUUAGCAGAGUCCAACUCCAGGAAAUCAGGAAAGUUUCACUCACGGAAAUCUUAUGUCGAAACACACGCAUAACAGAAAUUCAGAAGAACAGUUUUGUUGCAGCAAGCGAAAGCAACCCAUUGGUAAAAUGUGGGACCCUGGCAAAAAUAGAUCUAUGCAAAUGGGGCCCCCCAAGUCACUGGCUUGCAUGGGGCAGCUGGAGUUUGUGUUACCAAGGGACAAAACUUCGACGGCGCAUCUGUCAGAACAACUCAAAGAUUGUUUGUCCAUGUCAAGGUUCUUCAAUGGAAAUCCGUCCAUGUCAAAACCGGUAUGUACCACCAGUACAGCAAAAACAACAUCAACAACCAACACAACAGCCCACAGAAAGAGUUAUGCAACAAACCACCAAAGUAUUCUUAUCUCACCGGCCAGCACCUGUGAUGGUAGCUUGAGCAACACUUUCAUGGGUUUUCUCAUCUCGAAAGAUUGACUUUUUAAAAUACAUAUUAAAUCAAAGUUUUGUUUUAGCUGAAGGUGACCAAAGAAGGCAAGGCUAUCAGCUGCCUCAGUAUUGUGUAACCGACUGUUGGUUAUCAACACUCUUGGCCUUGCUGUCACAACAGAAGCUAGAGAUAAAACGAAAAUCUCUUUGUCAUGAGACUAGAAAUAUGUUUAAAUAUAUUUACAAGUAUCAAAUCUAAUUUAAUUUAAUGAAUAUUUAUCUAUUUUUGUGAUUUAAAAAAUUUUUUGCUUGUUCUGGUAAAAUGAUAGAGUAACUUCAUUAAUGUGGAAAAUUAAAAAGAA